AUGGCUGUUCAGCAGGAUGGUACUGGAGCAAAGAGACUUUUUCACCACGCCGUGGAUGCUGAGGGCAUGAUUCACCGUUACUGGCUUGAGGCUGCAGAGACAGACCACCGUGUUGGAGGAGAGCAGAGGGAGAGCGCUGAGGAGCGCGCGCUGGCCCUGGCACAGCGGAGGGCAACCUCCAGCGUCCUUAGUAUCCGAGCCAUGGGUCAACGCUUCAACGCUUUGAUGACCAUCCAGGUUCCGCUCAGCCAGGCCUUACCCAGAGAGCCCAGUGACCCAAGUCUGUCAGAUUGGAGCAUGGUGUUUUCUAUGGAUAAGUGCGAGAUGGACGAAGACUUCUAUACAGAGCAAGACACUUUCCGUGGUGUGGACUUUGCAGAGCCUGUUGGCCAUAGCAGUGCUGCUCGUGUGUCUCGCGGAUCAGAGUUCGACGUGUGGCCACCAGUCCCCAGUGAGGCACCCCUCAGAGCACGUCACUGUCACAGUUGUCAUGUACAACGUCAUCACCGGCGGCGUGCCAAGUGUGCAGGACGUGCUCGCUGCCAUUGA